AUGGCAGUUGACGUGGCAUCCAUGUCGGUGGAGGAGCUGGAGGCUGUGUGGCUGAGGCGAGCUGGCAUGAGGAGCGACCUGAGUGUGACUAUACCGGGGAUGACUGCACCAGGAGUGACUGUACCCGGAUUCUCUUUCAACGUUCACAAGUACCCGUUAUACGCACGCACUGACUUUUUCCAGGAGUCAUCCACUGAGGACCCUGAUUCUGGUCGCAACCACAUCGACAUCGUGGGCUUGCCCGGAGGAGAAAGGGCCUUCAAGCAGGUCGCCAGCUUUUGCUACGGGAUGGAUUUCAAGAUCUCACCACUUGAUGCUCCUGCCCUCGCCUGUGCUGCCGUAUUCCUUGGAAUGACAGACGAUUCGAGCAAGGGAAUAGGCAAGUACCGCGUGAACCUGCUGUCCUUCUGUCCCUCCCUCACCCCACUCCUUUCCUCCCUUUCUUCUCUGCGUUCUGCCCCCCUACCAUCCCCCACCCCUCCAGCCACAUUCCUUGGAAUGACCGACGAUCCACGCAAGGGAAUGGGCAAGUACCGCGUGAAUCUGCUGUCCCUCUCCGCAUUCCUGGGAAUGAAGGAUGACUCGCGCAAGGGCAUGGGCAAGUACCGAGUGAACCUGCUGUCGUUCGCUGCUGCAGCCAUGGCAGGCAUGCUCAAACACGCCGAUGCUGCCCUUGCUGUACUCAGAGGCUGUGCGGGCCUGCUGGCUGAAGCAGACGCCCUGGGAAUCGUGGAUGAGGCAACAGACAGGCUGGCGGACCAUGCAGUUACCAGUCACAACCUCUGCACCACACCCAUUCAUACCAGUGACGGCAUUGCUCUCCUGCCUCUCAACAUCUUCCUUCGCCUUCUGGCCAAGUUCAAGGAAAAGAAUCUGCCCGAGAAGGAAAACGGCAGCGCAAUCGCCUUCUAUGCACAGCACAACCUGCCCGACCCAAAAUCCCUUGCUGCCCUCUCUCACUCCGACCCUCCCCCUCCCCACUCCUCGUCCACCUCCUCUUCCUCCGCCUCCUCUCUCUCCCCCGCGCACUACCGUCGGGUUCUGGAGGGCCUGACAGCAGCGUUGCCUGCUGCUGCUGCCAGUGUGCCCAUGCAACCGCUGCUGGGGCUGCUGCGUUGUGCUAUUGUGCUCAACGCAAGUGAAGGGGUCAAGGCCACCCUGCAGCGUCGGGCAGGAGCGCUCUUCACCGAUGCAUCGCUGGACGAUCUGCUCAUGCUGGAGACCAGUGACGUGCAGGUGAGGUUUGGUGAGGUGGGGAGUGGUGCAGAGGGAUUGAGCGCACUGGCCUGCGGUAGUGGUGGAGCACUAAGCAUGUUCCACUCCUUUCCCCUGUCGUUCCCCCCUCUCCCGCUCCCUCUCAGCAUGUUCCACUCCUUUCCCCUGUCGUUCCCCCCUCUCCCGCUCCCUCUCAGCAUGUUCCACUCCUUUCCCCUGUCAUUCCCCCCUCUCCCGCUCCCUCUCAGCAUGUUCCACUCCUUUCCCCUGUCAUUCCCCCCUCUCCCGCUCCCUCUCAGCAUGUUCCACUCCUUUCCCCUGUCGUUCCCCCCUCUCCCGCUCCCUCUCAGCAUGUUCCACUCCUUUCCCCUGUCAUUCCCCCCUCUCCCGCUCCCUCUCAGCAUGUUCCACUCCUUUCCCCUGUCAUUCCCCCCUCUCCCGCUCCCUCUCAGCAUGUUCCACUCCUUUCCCCUGUCAUUCCCCCCUCUCCCGCUCCCUCUCAGCAUGUUCCACUCCUUUCCCCUGUCAUUCCCCCCUCUCCCGCUCCCUGUCAUUCCCCCCUCUCCCGCUCCCUGUCAUUCCCCCCUCUCCCGCUCCCUGUCAUUCCCCCCUCUCCCGCUCCCUGUCAUUCCCCGCUACUCUCUCUCUCCCCAUCAGGGUCUGCUGCACGGCUUUGCAUCGGAGGAGCACCUCUCCGCUCUACCUGAUCGCGCACAAGCCCUGCAGGCUGCAGCAUCGCUCAUCGAUGCCUAUCUCCUCCGCCUCUCCUCCCCUCGCUGUGCCGGCGGUGCUCCUGCUAGUAACGAAGCAGCUGCUAUCGAGGAUGAGACGUCCAAGUCUGAAUCACAGGCUUUCCAGCCGGCCCUAAGUGUGGCGGAGUGGAAGCAUCUGGUCUCUGCCCUCCCGGCUGACGCGCGGCCGUCCCAUGACGGGUUGCUUAAGACGUCUCAAAAACAACCUCGCUUCACGUGGCCAGCCGUGAGUGUGGCUAAGUGGAAGCACCUGGCGUGUGCCCUCCCUGCUGAUGCCCGGACGUCCCACGAUGGGCUGUCGAAGGCAGUAACCGCCUACCUGACAGCUGUUGGCACGGGAUUGGCUGAAUGGGAGGUGGCAACGCUGGUGGGUGUGGUAACCCCCUCGCGCCUCUCCCCCUCGGCCAUGGAAGCUGCUGCUGCGUGCUCUCUGCUGCCUCUGCCAUUCCUGGUCGCUGUGCUGCGCAUUCAGAAGGAGGUAUGGAGUCAACUCAACAGUCAUCAUUCUCUGUAA